AUGAUUGAACGAAUAAAGGUCAUGGUACUAAAACUAAGCGAAAGAUGGUUAUCUUGGUUAAGAAAAUUAAAAACCACAAAGGUGAGUUUAAGUGUUUUUAUUUCAGUUGUUUUUUUAAUGAUUUUAUCAUUUGUAAUUGGAGUUACUUAUUACUUGAAUGAUUUAGAUCGAUUGGAAGUGAUUACAACUAUGUACAAACCACAAAGUAAUGAUAUGAAAAUAUCAGGUGAAAUGACUGUAAAAUAUAUGAAAAAGUUACUUAGAAUUAAUAAAUAUAAUAUAUUUGAAAGUUUCCCACUUUCAAGUAAAUAUCUUGAUGAAAUUAAGAUUAACAGUCUGCCAAUGAAGUUACAAACGUUUGGUGAUUUUUAUGCUACCAAAUCGGUAUGCAAUGAUUUGAAGGCUGAAAAAGAUAUUUACGUUUCCAAUGAAAAACACGUCACCUUUGACUUACUGGUAUUUUUAAGAAAACUUCACUCGAUACAAUCAUAUUCUGAGUUGAUAAAACUGGCACAGAAACAUUUUGACCCAUUCUUGGAAGAAAAGACUUGGAAUGAUUUGGAUUCAACAAGUGAUUCGAAAAUACUAUCUGGUAAUGGAGAAGAAAAGAAAUGGUUACGAUUUGGUGGUUCAUCAGUUUGGUUACCAGAAUAUAAUAUUCAUUAUAUGGUUAGUAGGGUAUUGUAUUCACCAAGUGAAAUACCAAAUCAGUCAUUUGCUAGUUUCUUGUAUAUCCAGAUAUUUGAUUCGAAUUGGAACGAAUUACCUGAUGGGACUACUUUAGAAUUUCCAUUUGAAGAAGUUGUCCCAAUAGACACAUCCAGAAUUCAAGGAUUAUUUCAUGGAACAAGAAUUGAAAGAUUUUUAAAUUUCAAGAAAACAAGUUUCCCAUAUGUCUUGCCAAUUCCUUUUGAUUAUGAAUUAGAACCAUACUCCAACAGGUAUUAUUUUGGUCCAGAAGAUCCUCGAGUGUCAAUCCGUCGUAACUCGUUAGGUUUCAUUGAACCAAUAAUUGUAUUCAACAUGAAAACUUUCAACUUAACUAAAAGAGUUAUGCAUUUAUAUCUACCAUUUUCAGAUGAUUUGAAAAUUUUGAAAAAAAGAAAAAUGAAGUUUGCCCAUAUUGAAAAAAAUUGGAUACCGUUAAUGGGGAAUUUAUCAGAAUCUCAGAAUACAAUGAAAUUUGUUUAUUCAUUUGAACCAUUAGAAGUUUUAGAAUGUAGUAUCUAUUCAGGGUUUUGUAGUAUAUUACAAAAAUCCGAAAAAGAAGAUUAUAAUUAUUUUGGAGAUUUAAGAGGUGGUACCCAAUUGAUCCAAUUGCCAAUAUUUUCAUCUCAACUAAUUCCUGAUUCUUUGUCUUCUAUAUUUAAACUUCCUGAAAACCGAAAAGUCUAUGUGGGAUGGGCAAGAACACAUUUAAAUGAUUGUGGAUGUGGUGAUUCAAUGUAUCGACCCAAUUUCAUUCUUCUAAUUGAAGAUUAUACUAUUGUCGACAAGAAGUACUCCUAUAGAAUAAGUGACAUUUCUGGGUAUUUUGAUUUUAAUGCCGAAAUAGUACCAUGGUAUCCAGAUGAAACCAAAGGUAUAGUUCCUGGUAUUUCAGGAGAAUGUCUGGGUAGAAAUGUUCUAACCCCGAAUUCGAUAGCAUAUUGGGAAAUAGAAUCGGUAACCCAGAAUGACAAAAAAUACACCAAACAAGAUUUGAAAUAUAAUAAAUUCGAAGGAAAUAGAAACAGUUUUCAGUUUGUUGAUCGUAUGGGUGUAACAUUAUCAUCAGGGGAUAGAGAUGUUAGAAUAGUUCAUGUUAAAGGAUUAUUAGAUUAUAUUUUAAAACUACCAAGUUUAUUUGAUACAAAUGUCACAUCUACACUGGUAGAUAAUGUCAACCUUACCAAUGUUCAAUGUGCUAAAUUAGAAAGUGAGAAAUAUUGCCGCAUUUAUGCCAUAGAUCAUGAUGCGGUUAUUCUAUAG